AUGAAGUCCUCGGUGUUGUUUGCUGCUGGUACUCUUGGUGCUCAUUACCUGAGACAAGACAUAACUUCGACGGUCGACUACAAUUUGGAGCCUGUAAACCUAUCAACACUUGCCAAUGGUACGCUAUUUGAAACAUGGCGACCUAGAGCCCACAUACUCCCCCCAUUUGGUGGAAUCGGGGACCCAUGCGGGCAUUACGUGGAUGCUGAGACUGGAUCUUUUCAUGUUGGGUGGCUCUACAAUGGAAAUGGUGCUUCUGGAGCAAUCACAGAUGAUCUUAUCACCUAUAUGGACUUGAACACAGAUGGCGCCCCAUUUAUCGUGCCCGGUGGCGAGAAUGACCCAGUUGCGGUCUUCGAUGGAACCGUCAUUAACGUCGGCAUCAAUGGUUUGCCAACAUGGCUCUACACCUCGGUCAGCUACCUUCCGAUCCAAUGGACGAUCGCAUACACCCGUGGAAGCGAGACACAAUCUCUUGCAGUGUCAUAUGAUGGGGGAAAGAAAUUUACGAAAAUAAAGCAGGGCCCGGCCAUACCCGCGCCACCUUUCGCAGUAAAUGUCACGGGAUUCCGGGACCCCUUUGCUUUCCAGAGCGUUCAUUUGGAUUCAGUUCUGGGCAGUGACAGCGGAACCUGGUACGUAGUCAUCUCUGGAGGUGUGCAUGGCUACGGUCCGAGCCAGUUUCUAUACCGUCAGCACGACCCUGAAUUCCAAUAUUGGGAAGAGCUUGGCCGGUGGUGGCAUGAGCCAGCUAAUACUACUUGGGGAAACGGUGAUUGGGCAGGCCGGUGGGGUUUCAAUUUUGAGGUGUCAAACAUCUUCACUCUUGAUGAAGCUGGUUACAACGACAACGGUACAUUCUUCACCACAUUGGGUGCCGAGUGGUCAUUGGAUCCCAUUGUGCCAGAAGUAUCAGACUUUAGAGAUUCUCUAUGGGCGGCAGGUGAUGUUCGCGUCGAGGACGGUGAUACCAAAUUCACGCCUUCUUUUGCUGGAAAGCUGGAUUGGGGUGAUUCGGCGUAUGCUUCUCAUGGACAGGUCGUUCGGGCAACAUCUCAACCAUCUAGAAAAAGCAGUGCCCCAGAUCGAUUCAUCACGACUACGUGGCUUACUGGGAAUUUCUACGGUACACAAAAUCCAGCUACCAACCAACAGAAUUGGACCGGUGCCCUCUUACUACCACGAGAACUAAGCAUUGGCAAGAUCAGUAACGUGGUCGACAACGAACUGUCACGAGAGUUAGGGUCGUGGAAGACAAACACGAACGAGUCAGGGAUCGCAAGGGAGCCACUUGCUGCUCUGAUAGGUGGCAAUUUUUACACGGAGGGGAGUCGCAACCUAAGUUCACCAGGAGUCACACCUUUCCAAAAGUCCCCUGACUCCAAGUUUUUUGUUCUCCAAGCAGCAAUUACCUUCCCAUCAUCUGCUCGCAACAGCGACCUGAAAGCAGGUCUCCAGAUAUUGGCCUCUGAGCAUGAAGCUACAACUAUUUACUAUCAGUUUUCAAACGAAUCCAUCAUAGUCGAUCGGACCAACACCAGCGCAGCAGCGCGAACCACAAGCGGGAUCGACUCACGGAACGAAGCUGGUCGAUUUCGACUGUUCGAUAUUACGCAUAACGGGACUACAAGCGUUGAGGCCCUGCAACUAACCAUCGUGGUGGACAACGGGAUCCUGGAAGUGCAUGCGAAUGACCGGUUUGCAUUGAGCACUUGGGUGCGCUCAUGGUAUUCUUCGUCGACAGAGGUGCGCUUCUUCUACGAGGGAACUGAGCAGGUUUCUUUUGGCGAUAUUACUGUCUCUGAGGGCCUCUAUGAUGCGUGGCCGGAGCGAUCGACAGUCACCUUAAUUUAG